AUGUUAACUAUAUUAUUUACACCAUUGGACUACCAUGGUCAUAUUAACGCUUGUCACGGACUGGCCGACUCGUUGGCCGCACGCGGCCAUCGAUGUGUGUUUGCUAUUGAUCAGGCAAGUAAGGGUCGUAUGAAAAAAUACGGUUACGAUGAAGUCUACUAUGAAAAUGCCGGGUUUCCGGGUGUACCCGAAGGUGAAAACUCGGUCGUCUAUUUUAUCAAUCAAAUGAAAGACAUAUUUAGGGACAGUUCGCUGGUUAUCGCCAAACAUUUUCAGGCUAUGGGUUUUGAGGGUAUGUUCUCAAUGUUGACGGCCCGUAAAGAAAGAUAUCAACAAAUUAUUGAUGAACUACAGCCCGACGUAAUUGUGGUCGACUCCUAUGUCGGUUGUUAUCCAUUAACAAACAGUGGCCGACCGUGGGUUUGGCUGUUUUCAGCGUCACCCUUGUUUGCCUUUAACAAUAGAAAAUUGCCACCACCAUGGUCAGGUCUCAAAGUUGAUGCCAGCGAUGAGUGUCAAGAGUUUUGGCACAGCAUUGAAGAUAUGCUACAAAACUUACACAACAUUGUCAAAGAAAGCUAUGAAUCGUCGUCAGCACCGGUAGAUGAUAACAAUGGUGUCGAAGUAGAGUAUGAUUGGUCGGACAUUUGUACAGUACAUCCACGAUCGCCAUAUCUGAACAUUUAUAUGACACCCGAAGAGCUGGACUAUCAGGAGAUACAGCCGUUGCCCGAAAACUGGCGACGAGUUGACGGUUUUGUUCGGCAAACAGAUGAAACAUUUGAAUUGCCUGAUAAACUACUGGACAAUCGGUCGGAUAGUAAACUAGUGUUUCUGUCGAUGGGAUCAAUAGGUUGCUGUCAUAUAGAGCUAAUGCAACGGCUGAUCGCUAUUUUCGGCAAAUCACGGCAUAGGUUUAUUGUGGCCACUGGUCCGCUGCACGACAAAAUUGUGGACGAUCUGCCCGACAAUAUGUGGGGCCAGGAGUUUGUACCGCAAACGGCAAUAUUACCGCUGGUCGAUCUGGUUAUUACACACUGUGGCAACAAUACGGUUACCGAAACCUUUUACUACGGCAAACCAAUGUUAGCCUUACCGCUGUUUGGCGAUCAGUUUGAAAAUGCCCAGCGAUUGGUCGAUACGGGUCUCGGACUCCGUUGUCAUCCACUAAUAGCCACUGAUGACGAACUGUUGUCGUCGGUCGACAAACUGGUCGACGACCAGGUUUUGGCUGAUAAGAUGAGACUAAUCGGCGAAAGGAUUAGACAAUCAAAUGAUAAUGAAGUGGUCGCCAAACAGAUUGAAGAUCUUAUUGUUAAAUAA